AUGGCAUGCGUGGAUGAUUUCCACAACUUUGCGGACUACGCGGAACUAGACCUGGUUGAGAUCGGGGAGGCCGGCCAGCUGGGCAAGGGCGUCUUCGCGAAGGAAGACAUCCCCAAGUACCAGUUGCUUGGCGAGUACCUGGGGGAGCUCGUGCCAGCAGAUUGGUACGUGGACGCCACUGAUUCAUACAUUUUCACCAUCGAGGGCGAAUUCGUCAUCACGGCAAAGGACUAUGGCAACUGGACGCGGUUCGUCAACCACCACUGCGACCCAAACGUAAGCGCCGCCGUAGGCAUGUACGGGCACAGGCGGUCCGUCAUAUUCAGAGCGAACAGGGACAUCGCCGCGGGCGAGCAGCUCUGCAUCCACUACGGCGAGAACUACUUCAGCAAUCUGGGGAUAAACUGCAGCUGCGAUGCCAACGCCGCGCCCCACCAGCCCGUCGGUAAUGGCGAUCCUUUCCCCUGGCCGCCGCCGACAUGGUAUUAA